UCGGGCCCCAGCUGAUUUAGUCUCACAAUCCGGGCGAAUUACCUGCUGCGUCUGCGACCGUAACCGUGAUUUGGGGGGCCGGCACCUUCAACCGACAACGACAAACCUUCACGUCUACUUGCCAGGCCAGACUAAAGUGGCAGAGUGCGCUCGAUUCGAACCCAAACAAUAACACCGCCAUAGCCUCGCUGACGGAAGCGGCGGCGGCAUAGAGCUGGGAAAAACAAUACCUUUUCUUUGGACCAUCACUGCCGCGGGUAGGGAGGAAAACAAGGGUGGAACAGCUUGAGCUUGCGGCGUUCGACACAGCUUCUUCCUUCUUCAGCCGUCCAAUCCUAUAACGCUGCCCAACUACUAGCACCCUUCCUAUGCGACGACCAAGUGCGCUCUUGCUCACGUCUACCGGUGGAUGACCACAGGCCUGGAGACGGUGUAAUGGGGCCUAUUGGGAAUAUCUCCCCGGGAGGGAGCAUAGCUCUAGGAAUCCUCGUUGGCCUGAUCUCGACUAGUGUUCAAAGUCUAGGCCUCACUUUGCAGCGAAAAUCACACAUAUUGGAAGACGAAAAGGGGCCGCACGAUGUUCGUCGCCCACCAUAUCGGAGGAGAAGGUGGCAGCUGGGCAUGGCCAUGUUUGUCAUUGCCAAUAUCCUAGGGAGCAGCAUCCAGAUUUCGACGCUGCCACUACCCGUUCUCUCGACCCUUCAGGCUGCGGGCCUGGUGUUCAAUUCGAUAUGCGCGACGCUCAUCCUCAGUGAGCCCUUUACACGAUGGUCGCUCUGCGGCACACUGCUUGUCAGCAGCGGAGCGGUCUUGAUCGCCAUCUUUGGCGCCAUCCCAUCUCCCGCCCACGAGCUGGACGAGCUGUUAGAGCUACUGGCUCGGAAGCCCUUUAUCGCCUGGAUGAUACUACAGGCCCUGUUUGUCGUGUCGCUUGCGGUUGUUACAGAUGUUACCAGCAGCCUCUCCAGCCUGUCGCACAAUGCCAGAUUCCGCCUAAUCCGGGGCAUAAGCUACGGCGUCAUUAGCGGAGACCUCUCAGCACACUCGUUACUGUUUGCGAAAUCCUCCGUCGAGCUCCUCAUCAAGACGAUAGGCGGCAAGAAUCAGUUUCUUCGCUGGCAAUCUUGGGCCAUUGUCUUGGCACUUGUUUCUCUUGCACUCUGCCAGCUGUACUACCUUCACCGCGGCUUGAAGCUGGUUUCUACAUCUGUCCUAUACCCACUUGUUUUCUGCGUAUACAACAUCAUUGCUAUCCUGGAUGGCCUAAUUUAUUUCAACCAGACGAGCCUCAUCUCGACGGUUGAUGCUUGUCUCAUCACCUUGGGAACAGUCAUCCUUCUGUCGGGAGUUCUAGCCCUAUCGUGGCGGCUGAGCGAUGAGCAGCACGCCCCAGCAGUCGGUCAGUCCUCAUUGGCUCCUGGCCUGGGGCUCGUUGACGAUACUGAAGGCGAAGAAGAAUCACUAAUGGGCCCAGAAGCCACCGUCGAAGUCGAGGAAGAGCUGCCUUCCACGACAUACCAGACAUUCCCCGUGAUGCACGGCGACACCACUCCGCUGACACCGACGCGCAAGAAGAGUUUGAGUUGGAUAGAGCGGGCUGAAAUCUGGGGGGAAUUGCAGGACCAGGAUGAACCUACCUCGCCCAGGCACUCAACUACGCUCCCAGCGAGGACCGAAUCAUCGCCACUGUUGUCCCAAUCCAGGAGGGCAAUGAGUGGCGUCAGCGUUACAGGUCAGGCAGGUCCAAGCGCAGAUGUUUCACCUCGGAAAUUCACCCGGCGGCGGCGGAGGAGCACCGGGUUCCCAGGGUUGGUUGCGCGGCGUAAUCUGCGCAGGGACUCUGCAUUUUCAGAAUCACUUGGGGGCUUCUUCUCGCUGAAUUGGCUUAGACGCAACAGCAGCCUGAGUUUGACCACUCACAAUAUGUAUUUCUAUCGCAUUGAGGCAUCAAAAACAAAUUUCCUUGUAUGGGAGUGA